AUGUUGUCCAUGGCAACUCCUUCCACCGUCAAUACUACUUUCCAUUCUUUUCAUCAUCGAGAACUCUCCAACACCACUAUUUGCUUCAAGACAAAUCCCAGUUUGAAGAAAAGAAUCACAACCACCUUCAAAACUGAUAGACCAACUGCUUCAGCACUCACAGCAGCUGAAACAUCCUCAGAGACUGAAACACCAUCCAUCACAAUUCCUCAAAAGUCUGAGGUUGCGGUGAAGCAAGUUGAAAAACCCAGGCUGGUUUUGAAAUUCAUAUGGGUGGAGAAGAACAUAGGCCUGGCACUUGAUCAAGUCAUACCUGGUCACGGCAUUGUUCCUCUGAGUCCAUAUUUCUUUUGGCCUAGGAAAGACGCAUGGGAAGACCUCAAAGCCACUCUUGAAAGCAAGCCAUGGAUUUCUCAGAAGAAGAUUAUUAUUCUUCUCAAUCAGGCCACUGAUAUCAUCAAUGUAUGGCAGCAAAGUGGUGGCAACCUUUCCCAGACCUAG